CGUAAAGUACGUUGUAAGGACAGUAUAUAUACAAUGUCCACAUUCGUACAGCUCUCAUAAGUUUUCACGUCCACAUUGAUUACUUGCUCCGUAAGAACAGCGGCAGUGAGCGACGAAGCGAAUAAUUCAGCUUUUCAUCAUGGAUAGUCGUGCUCUAUGGAUCCUCUUGGUUUUUGCAAAUAUUCUGCUGGCAGAUGCUGAUGACCCAGCCAUUGAUGCCAUUUUCCUGCGUCUAUUCAAAAAGAACGGUACUUAUAUCGACAAAAAUAUAAAAAAUGUCACUCAGUUGAUAGCCAACAUUGACACAACUCAAGAAACAUCAUUAUUCAUUAAUGGCUGGAAAGAAACUAUAGACAGCGAGGAUGUCCAAUUGAUAACAGGCGCGUAUCUGCAAGCUACGGACGAUAAUGUCCUCGCAGUGGAUUAUCGAAAGCUUUCCAAGAGACUGUACACAACCAGCGUAUCGUACGUAGAGCCAAUCGGGAAGGCUUUAGCUAAUAGUCUGAACAGUAUGUUCGACGCCGGCCUGAAUCCGAUGAAACUGCACAUAAUCGGACACUCGUUAGGCGCUCACGUCGCGGGGAACGUAGGACGGAAUUUGAAAGUAAAAAUUCCCAGAAUAACAGCUUUAGAUGCAGCCGGUCCUUUGUUCUAGUUCAUUGGCCCGCGUUUGAGGCCGACCGAUGCCCACUUCGUUGACGCUAUACACACUGAUUCGGGCUUCUUCGGAACGUUCC